CACAGAACAUGGCUAGCCUGCAAGCCUCACUCCUGGCUGCCUUCAUCCUCCUUGCCAUGGUGCUCCAGGCUGCGGAGGCAGGUCCCUAUGGUGCCAACGUGGAGGACAGCGUCUGCUGCCGGGAUUAUGUGCGCCGACCCCUAAAUCCGCGCGUGGUCAAGCAUUUCUAUUUGACUUCCAUCUCCUGCCGGAGGCCUGGCGUGGUGUUGGUGACCAACAGAGACCUGGAGAUCUGUGCUGACCCCAGGAUGCCCUGGGUAAAGAAGAUCCUCCGGAAGCUGGAUGAAUGA